AUGAAAGCCCUGGUGGUCCUCCUGGGGCUGGCCGCCCUGGCCGUCUCCUGCCAAAGCCAAGACGUCAGCCCUGCAAGCAGCCCCCAGAAAGAAAGCCCCCCUCCCCGGGGCUGCUGUGAUGGGGCCACCCUAAGCGAGCGCCCUGCCCCUCUCUUAAAGGAGCCGGAGCCCCCCAGGGAAGCUGGGCAGGAGGAGGAGGAGGAGGAUCCCUUCUACAGGAGCCCCGUCAACAAACUGGCCGCCGCUGUCUCAAACUUUGGCUAUGCCCUCUUUCGCCAGCAGUCCGGCCAGAGCCCCUCGGCCAACGUCCUGCUCUCCCCCUUCAGCCUCGCCACAGCCCUCUCGGCCCUCUCGCUGGGUGCGGGUGAACGGACGGAGGACGUGAUCUCGCGGGCCCUUUUCUACGACACGCUGGACAAGGCCAACCUGCACAGCACCUACAAGGGGCUCCUGGGCAGCAUCGGUGCCCCCAGCAAGGGUCUGAAGAGCGUCUCCCGCCUGGUGAUGGAGAGAAAGUUGAGGAUGAGAAUGGCCUUUGUGAACGAGCUGGAGAAAUCCUAUGGCUUCCGGCCGCGGGUGCUCAGCGGAAACGCCCGGGCAGAUCUGCAGGAGAUCAACCAGUGGGUGCAGCAGCGGACGGGGGGGAAAGUCGUCCGAUUCCUGGGGGAGAUCCCCGUUGGGCUCAGCAUCCUCCUGCUGGGGGCCGCCUCUUUCAAAGGGCAGUGGGCCACCAGGUUUGACCCCAAGCUGACCAAGCUUCAGGAUUUCCACCUGGAGGAAGGGCGGAGCACUCGGGUGCCCAUGAUGUCGGCCCCCAGAGCCAUCCUGAAAUACGGCUUUGACUCUGAGCUCAGCUGCAAGAUCGCUCAGCUGCCCCUGGCCGGAGGGCUCAGCAUCAUGUUCUUCCUGCCCGAGACCCUCACCCAGAACUUCACCCUCAUCGAGGAGAGCCUGACCGCCGAGUUCGUCCACGACAUCGACAAGCAGCUCAAGACCGUCCAGGCUGCGCUGAGCGUUCCGCGGCUGAGGCUGGUGACCGAGACGAAGCUGGGGGAGGCGCUUAAGGAAAUGAGGCUCCAGGCUCUCUUCUCCACGCCGAACCUGGGCAAGAUCUCCGCCAAGGCCCUCCGGCUCUCUCACGCGCACCACAAGGUGGCCUUGGAGCUGGGGGAAGACGGGGCCAGCGCCGUGUUUCCCUCGGAGACGGAAGCCGCUCGGCUGAACUUCCCCAUCGUCUACACCCUGGAGAGGCCCUUCCUCUUUGUGCUCUACGACAACGACACCGGCACCCUCCUCUUCAUCGGGAAGAUCCUCGACCCUCAGCAGGCCUAGAGCGCUCCCGGGGCCCCCCAGGCGCAGGAGCAAAGGGCCGGGGGUGUCCUUGACUGUGUCCCGCAGCUGGUUUUGCUUCCGUGGUCCAAUAAAGGAGCUUCUGCCUUAA